CUCUAGAUCUUAUCUAACCAUGUUUGCUCCUCUAGCUCAGCUGAGGUUUUCUGGAGGUGGUUAGCUGUAUCUGUUGCAUAACUAUCAGACCAUUGAGAGAAAAAAUGAUAGCUUUCUCUUGAUCUUGUCUAACCAUGUUCUCUUCCUCCUCUUUUUUGGUUAACAUUUUAUUCUCUUGUUACCAUACUUUAGUAUUUGAGUUUUGAAUCAGCUCAUGUGCACCUAAACAAGCAACACUUUUGCAACAAAAUUGUGGAUUGGUAGUAUUAAAAAAAAAAACUUCUGUUUUCUCUCCUCACCCUUGUAUUAGGUUCGUGUUGUUUUACAUUUUCUCACAAUCCCCCUUAUUUUAUGAAUAAUAGAAAUGAGUAGUCAGAGACUCGAAGUAUGUUAUCUUGGCAAACUGAACUUGAAGAAUCAGUAGAACCACUUGCAGUGUGCAAAAUUGAAGAUUCAAAUGAUAGAUUGCUACAAUUUGUACAGGUAGUUGAUGCAUAUGCUUUAAUUGGAGAUAUCUCUGGUCUUGCUGAAAAGUUGCAAAGCUUCUAUAUGCAGGAAGUUUUAUCAGAAACCCACUCUGUGUUGAAGAAUACUGUGCAGGAGGAUCUGGAAAUACAGAUGCAGAACAGUAGACUUACCUACAGCGAUCUAAGCCUUCAGAUACCUGAAUCUAAGUUCAGGCAGUGUUUGUUGAGAACAUUAGCAGUCUUAUUCAGGUUGAUUAGUUCCUAUCAUGAAAUAAUGAACUUCCGGCUGGAGCACAAGGAUUUGGCAUACCAAACAUCUGACAUGAAGCAGGAUUCCUUAGGAAGCAAUGGAUCUCCCCGUGAAUCUUUAGAUAGAAUGCUUGAUUCAUCUCCUACCGAGGAAUCUACAACAACUUACAUGUAUUUAGAUUCCAAUUUUGAUGCAGAUGAAACUAGAAGUAAUGGCAGUGAAGCAUCAAGAAGUGGAUCUCCUUGGUAUCAUCUGCGAAAAGAUGCAACAGCAUUUGUUUCACAAACUCUUCAGCGAGGGCGAAAGAAUCUUUGGCAGCUUACAACAAGCCGAGUAUCAGUGUUGCUUUCUUCUGCAGCUAUUAGCUCUAUGAGCACACACCAAUUCUUGAAAAAUUACGAAGAUUUGAAUGUAUUCAUCUUGGCCGGGGAAGCCUUCUGUGGAGUUGAAGCAGUUGAGUUCAGACAGAAGUUGAAGGCUGUAUGCGAAAACUAUUUUCUUGCAUUUCAUCGGCAAAAUAUUCAUGCACUCAAAAUGGUUUUGGAAAAGGAAAGUUGGCUGAAAUUGCCACCAGAUACAGUCCAAUCAAUUAGUUUUGCUGGACUUGUUGGCAAUGGGGCUGCCCUGAUAGUUCCAUCUCACGGUAUCUCUUCAAAUGUAAAAUUGCAUCAUUCUAACAAAUCAGUGAAUUCCAUUGAUGCCACUAUCAAAAAGAGUGGAUUUACCUCUUGGAUUAAAAGUGGAAAUCCAUUUUCGCCAAAAAUAAUCUCCACUUCAGUGGAAGGCCACAGUUCAUCCCUGCUUAAUGGGGCAACUGCUGGUGAAUAUGAUGGACAUGCUAAUGAUAGUUAUCACGGUGAUCAGGCGUCUCCCCAUAGUGGUGGUGCAAGUCAUAAAAAUGGAACUCCUUUUUCAGAAGAUGAAAAUGAAGAUCUUCUUGCAGACUUCAUUGAUGAGGACAGUCAACUCCCAAGUCGAAUUUCAAAACCAAAAGUUCCUAAAAGUAACUUUUCACAUUGUAAAGAUGAUGAGAUAUCUGCACAGACAGGAUCAUCUCUCUGUCUUCUCAGAUCAAUGGACAAAUAUGCAAGGUUCAUGCAGAAACUAGAAAUAGUAAAUGUUGAGUUUUUUAAGGGUAUAUGCCAGUUGUUUGAGAUUUUCUUCUAUUCUGUGUUUGAAACAUUUGGUCAGCAGAACUCUAAUUCAAAUGGAAAAUCUGACCCUCUCAAUUAUCGGCUGAAGACUGCUAUAUCCAGAAUUACACAAGAUUGUGACCAAUGGAUAAAGCCUCAGCUGACCCCUGUUUCAUCCUCAUCCCCUACGUCUUUGAGUACAUAUAUGCAUGGAGAUGUAACACCGGCUAGUCCUCCAAAUCAUUCCACAUCCUUUGGUCUCAAGGAAAGAUGUGCUGCUGCUGAUACCAUAUCUCUUGUUGCUCAAAUAUUACACAGAUCUAAAACCCAUCUUCAGUCAAUGCUUCUUCAGAAUAAUCCAGCUAUAGUGGAAGACUUUUUUGUCCUUGUGGUGGACUCUGUACCAGAUGUUAUAGAGCACUUACACCGGACCACUGCAAGAUUACUUCUUCACAUUAACGGCAGGUAUGUUGAUCGGAUAGCUAAUGCUAAGUGGGAAGUAAAAGAGCUUGGUCUAGAGCAUAAUGGGUAUGUUGAUUUACUUUUGGGAGAGUUUAAGCACUAUAAAACGAGGCUUGCACAUGGUGGAAUUCACAAAGAGGCACAAGACCGUCUUUCAGAAUAUGGUGUUGAAAUCGUCGCUGAAACCCUCAUAGAAGGUCUAUCACGGGUGAAGAGGUGUAGUGAUGAAGGACGAGCUCUUAUGUCAUUAGAUCUUCAGGUUUUGAUCAAUGGCCUCCAGCAUUUUGUCCCCAUAAAUGUUAAGCCAAAAUUACAAAUGGUUGAAACUUUCAUUAAGGCCUACUACCUUCCAGAAACCGAGUAUGUACACUGGGCUCGUGCUCACCCGGAAUACACUAAAAAUCAAAUUGUUGGGUUGAUCAAUCUCGUUGCUGCAAUGAAAGGUUGGAAGAGAAAAACCAGGUUGGAAGUGAUCGAGAAAAUUGAGUGAGCUGUGACUUGAGACAGUCAUGUUAGUGUUUUGGGUAUAUAAAAUCCUGCACUCCACUAAUAUAUAUGUUUUUUAUAACAUGAAUGGUGUAUAUUGCAUAUUAUUCCCCUGCUUCUUGAUUAUGUUAGGUUGUAUAUCUUGUAAUACAUGGUUUUCCCAAUGGGGGAAUAUCAAAUGUAAUUUUGGAUCACAUUAUACGGCCAAUAAUGAAUUCGUGGGUAGAUUUUAUUUCAAUUACUCAUGGCUGCAAAUAUUAUGAUCGAGGUGCCCAUUUGUAACUGAUCAAGAACAAAAGAACGUUUGAGAAUUAAAGAUUUGCAAAACCAUUAGGUCUUUUUUGGAGUC